AUGGGUGCGCCUGUUGGUUUAAGGGAUAGCAUCUUCCCCUGCGUGCUAAUACCCCUUGGUUUCUUGAAUGCUUGCACUUGGAACUUGUUCCCCCAGCAGCCCCUCACAUGUGAAUCUCUGGCUUUCUUCGUGGACUUCUGCUCCAGCCAAGUGCUGAAGGCCUUGGACUCCUUUUAUUCAAAUGUUGGGCCAGGCUGUGUCAAAUCCAAUUUGGUCAUAAUCUGUGAGCUCUGCCAACCUGGUAUAGUGUCGGAGAUGGAUAAGUCAUGGAUGCACUCGGAUAGAAGAUCGAAGGCAUAUGAGUUAGGGGUGGAAGCAUUUUUGAACUUUUCUGUAGAAAAUCUUCUAACUACCACACAUAUCCGUUGUCCAUGUGUUAAAUGUGUUAAUUUGAAAUUGUUUGGGGUUGGAAUUAUAAGGGAUCACUUAUACUUUAAUGGAGUUGACCAAAGCUAUAAGAAUUGGACAUUUCACGGAGAACCUUGGGAAGCAGCUACUAAUGCUAGUAGAAAUGUUGAAGAAGAUGAUGACCAUAGUAGGUACAGUUUUGUGUCUGAAGAAAUAGAGAUGGAUGAUAAUGAUUUUGGUGAUUUUGGAUCUGAUCCUUAUGAGUUUGCCAAUGUGAUUGGGGAUGGAGAUCAACCAUUGUACCCUGGUUGUAGAAAGUACACGAAGUUAUCGGCAUUAGUGAAGUUGUAUAAUUUGAAGGCAAAAUAUGGGAUGAGUGAUGUUUGUUUUACAGAAUUAUUGAUACUUCAAGGCGAUUUGCUUCCAGAAGGAAAUACAAUACCGGCCUCUAUGUAUGAGGCAAAAAAAGACUUUGUGUGCAUUGGGGCUGAGUUAUGA